GAAUUAGAGAGAGGCAAAGGCAUACACACUUAUUAUUAUUAUUAGUCGGCAUUUAAAUCAACGAUUUAUUAGUUAAUAAUAUUAAUACACUAACUUGCACACACUCUACAAAUCUGAAAUCACAAGUCUCUCUCUCAUCAUCUUCUGCGAGAUCUGAUCGUAUCAAUGGAGAUCUUCUACUUCGUGGUGUUCGGUGGGUUGGCUGCGAUCGUCGCCGGCUUGGAGCUGAGCAAAUCGAACAAAGACCGCAUUAACACCUCCUCCGCCUUCAACUCCUUCAAGAACAACUAUCUCCUCGUCUACUCUCUCAUGAUGGCUGGGGACUGGUUGCAGGGUCCCUAUGUGUACUAUCUCUAUAGCACUUAUGGCUUCGGCAAGGGGGAGAUCGGUCAGCUCUUUAUUGCUGGUUUCGGAUCUUCCAUGUUGUUUGGCACCAUUGUUGGAUCUCUUGCCGACAAACAGGGUCGCAAGCGAGCUUCUAUCACCUACUGCAUUACCUACAUUCUCAGCUGUAUCACCAAACAUUCUCCCCAGUACAAAGUUUUGAUGGUCGGUCGUGUUCUUGGUGGUAUCGCUACUUCUCUCCUUUUCUCUGCCUUCGAAUCCUGGCUUGUCGCUGAGCACAACAAGAGAGGCUUCGAGCAGCAGUGGCUCUCUCUCACUUUCUCCAAGGCUAUCUUCCUCGGUAAUGGAUUAGUCGCCAUCAUUGCUGGCCUCUUUGGCAAUUUCCUUGUCGAUUCUCUCGCCCUUGGUCCUGUUGCUCCUUUCGAUGCUGCUGCUUGCUUCCUUGCUAUUGGUAUGGCCGUUAUUAUUUCAUCUUGGUCCGAAAACUAUGGUGAUCCCUCUGAAAACAAAGACCUUCUUACCCAGUUCAAGAACGCUGCAUCUGCCAUUGCUUCUGAUGAGAAGAUCGCAUUGCUUGGUGCCAUACAGUCUCUCUUCGAAGGCUCCAUGUACACCUUUGUGUUUCUCUGGACUCCUGCUUUGAGCCCAAACGAAGAGGACAUUCCACAUGGUUUCAUUUUUGCAACAUUCAUGCUGGCUUCCAUGCUUGGUAGCUCCAUUGCCUCUCGUUUGUUGGCACAUUCGGCUCCAAAAGUAGAGAGCUAUAUGCAGAUCGUAUUUGUGAUUUCUUCUACAGCUCUAAUGCUUCCUGUUGUAACAAGCUUCUUGGUGGCGCCCUCAGGUGUAAAAGGUGGAAGCAUAUCAUUCUCUGGAUGCAUUCAGUUAAUGGGUUUCUGCACUUUUGAAGCGUGUGUAGGAAUCUUCUGGCCAUCUAUAAUGAAGAUGAGAUCGCAAUACAUUCCAGAGGAAGCUAGAAGCACCAUCAUGAAUUUUUUCCGCAUCCCACUCAACAUCUUUGUCUGCCUUGUAUUGUACAAUGUUGACGCGUUUCCAAUGACCGUGAUGUUUGGAAUGUGCUCUGUAUUCCUUUUUGUGGCCUCUAUAUUGCAGAGGAGGUUGAUGAAUGUAGCCGAGAUCCACAAGUCAAGAUCACAAGAGUGGUCAGCAGAAAAGGAGAUGACCUCAGAAGCUGACCCCCUAAACCCAUAAUAACCAAACCUCUCAUGACAUAAAAAAAAGAGGAAACGCCGUUCCGUCUUCUCUUGAUGAUUUUUCUACUUGUCUUAAUACGUUCGUUGGUCAUAAAGUCUUUCCACUUGUUUAGUUAUAUUUGGAUUUUGUGCCUUCACCAGAUGUAGCAAACACCCUAAUACCUCUGCACGUCAGCUUAUUUGGGCUCUGGCCACUAUUCUUCUUAAAUCUUUCAACUUUCUUUUGUGCCUCAAAAACAAUCUUUAUAAGUCACGAUAUUGGCCCUGAACCAUAGAAAUGCAGAUUCAUUAGUGCUGUUUU